AUGGGCAAAUUGUUGCUCGUCAAAAGCAGUAGAAAAAAGCCAACAGCAGCCAGUGGGUCACCGGCAUCUCAAAACAAGUCGCUCAAUGGUUACUUUCGCACGCAAAAAGAAUCGUCUACUGCUACUACUGCUACUGCUACUACAAAGACCGUAACAACAGGAGACGACGCCCGGAAGCCGUUGUGCGUUUCAGAUUCAACUACCGAUGGUGAUCAGCAUGAAAAACUUGUCUCACAGAACUGCAUCAACGACGACGCCAAUAGAACAGAUGCGACUUUUUCGGUUGAAGCUAACAACAAUAGAGACAAUGUUAUUUCCAAAGCUCUGCCGCUAAUAUUAUCGUCAUCACCAUCAUCAGCGAUAGUACUGCCAUUGUCGUUACCGUCACACCAACAACCACAACCGCAUCAGUACACUAGCAACAGCCAUGAUAAUGAUGAUCUGCUUUUACUCGAGGACGAUGAUCUCAGCUCGCUCAGCUCACUUCAAAGCGAAGAUGACGUCUUGGGUCCGUGGAGUGAAGAUAUCACGCCCAUGUGCACGGAAUGUGAAGCGUCGAGGGACGAGACAUCAGGACCUAUUGAAACUGAUUGGCUAUGCUCCCAUUGUAAGGACAAGUGGGUCGACCACACGAGCGCAUGGCUUGGACGGAUUGCCGAAAAGAAACGUUCCAGUAAAAGCGAUACAGAAAAGAAGCAAAAGAAGCAGCAGCAGCAGCAGCGACUAGCGGCCAUAGUGUCAGUCGUGCCUAAAACGGUACCUCGCCAACACAAAAAGCAGCGGCGUACAACAGCAACGAAUGCUUCAGCUACUGGUCUUAAAAAAAUUAAAAAAGUGAAAACGACGACAAAGACUGUUAAAAAGAAAUUGGCACCUGCUCCACCACCGACCAAAUCGCAGACAGAAAAGUAUGUAACCACUGGUGCCUUCAUGACGCGCAACACAGCCAAACAGCUUGCAGAUCCGGAAAAUGGAUUUCAUCCGAAUCCAUAUGGAUUUGCGCGGAAUCAAAAAGUUGAGGUGCUCAAUAUCAACGGCCAUUGGUAUCGUGGCGUGCUUACAGUGAUGAAGGCAUCCAAAGUCAAAGUGUCCUAUAUGGACUGGCAAGAUCAGGAAGAGUGGAUCAACAUGGGUAGCCGCCGAAUUCGCAUAUAUAGCGCUGCUGCCGAAGUUGAAAAUAACGAUGACGACGACGAUGCGGAAGAAGAAACCGAGACCAAUGUCGAUCAAGAAAAAGCUAGAAAGAAUGUUUAUGGUGAUCCUCUCUUACCGCAAGCCUCGAGUGGCGUUCGUGCCGACGACUAUGUCAGCGCAACAUUGGAUAGAGAUCCCCAGCAAAUAUUUAAUGACAACGAGGUCUUUUUGACGCGUCGAAUGGCGCGAGAACUGACAGACGAGCACGGAUUUCGAGCCAAUUCAUUUGGUUAUCGUUAUAAUCGUGCAGUUGCGGUGACAUUCAAGGCUGCCCGGGGCCAUAACAGGAAAAUUGAGUAUCUGGGAUACUUGCGCGAAAUGCGAGCGAGUCAAGUGCGUAUAUGGUAUCCUACACUACGCCAAUCGGAUUGGCUGGUGGUCGGCAGUCGACGUCUACGUUUACUUAAUAGUGAAGAAGAAGCGAUGCUCAAGGAGCAGGCAAUUUCAUUACCUUCUCAGCCCGCUGAAGAUUCCAGACCUGACGAGCAUACAAAGCAUAUUAUCUCCAUCGAAGCAAGGCUUCAUGAGAAAUCCAAAUUUAUUGCUGCGCAAGGAGAAGCAAUGCCAAGCAAAGACCCAGUCCCUAAAAAACUGAAAAUUCAAGAAACACCAGCUGCUAAAGCUACAGUUACCGAGCCAGCACAACGAGCAGAAUAUGAGGAAGAUGAAAGCAGUGCAGCAUCAACGGAAUACGUGUUCAAGACAACAGGCGCGUUUGCCACACGCCGGGCGAUGCGUCAGCUCAAGGAUGAACACGGCUUUGUUCCAAAUCCUUAUGGUUACUCGUACAACCAACCAAUCGAGAUACUAAAUACGCGUACGGCUAAAAACAAGCGAUUUUGGGAGCGUGGACACCUUACUGCUAUGCGACCAGGUCAGGUCAAAGUACGUUAUGAUGGAUGGAACGAAAUCUACGACGAAUGGUUUAUGGUCGGUAGUCGUCGAAUUCGUCCUGUAUCUCAAAGCGAAUGUGUUACUGUACCAGCGACAUCAUCGGAUCUUAUGGCACCUGAGAUGAACCCAGAACUCAAAGAUCUGGCGAAAAAGAAACGCAGGCAUCAAGUUCUCGGUCCAGAAGAUUAUAUACAGCUGGGAUAUCUGAUACCUACUGAUGCACCAGUUCCACCACGACAAAGUGAAGCUAGCGAUUAUGAACAAGAUCAAACUGACGACGCCAAUUUCGUACAGAAACAACAAAAGAGGAGAAAAAGACAGCAAUUUACAACAGUUACCGCCAACCAAAAAAGGAGAAAGAAGAAACAACCGGCCAGCACCCUGAAAGUAUUAGCCCAAAAACAUGAAGAAGAGCUGCAGCAACAACAACAGCAUAAACCUAUAUCACUGCGUCGUGGUGGUGGAGGUGGGCUGACAAGUGCGGACGAUCAUGGCUUUAUUGCCAAUGUUUAUGGAUACGAUUAUAUGCAACACGUCCAAGUGCUCAAUCUCGACAAAAAAUGGUACGAAGCAAGACUUGUUCGGAUGAGUAAGAAUCGGGUUCUGAUUCAUUAUUGCGGGUGGAUCGACAAGUAUGACGAGUACAUACCGCUGGGAAGUCGACGCCUGCAGGUCAUCGAGAAUGCUCAUGAGGUCCUAUGUGCCGAGCCCGAGUACAAAGAGCGGUAUGAGACGCUAAUACUUGAAGCCAAACAACGACAACAGCAACAUGAAGAAGGAGACGACUUAAUCCAAGAAGGGCAACAUCAGCAAACAUCGGCAGCAGCAAGACGUAAUAGCCGUCGACGAACCUUAUCGGAGGGACCAUUUGAUGGAUCCCUUGAAGAGAUUGAAUAUCACAAAGAAGAUGAAAAUGGGCCUGGAUUCGAAGCAAUAGAAAUCGAUGCAUGGAAAGUAUAUUGCAACCAAUGUAAUGUUGUGAUCAAACAAUUCCGCUACUAUUGCACGUAUUGCGAGACGCCAUCCGAAGGGUAUGACUAUGAAAGCUUUGAGCUAUGUUUAAGAUGCUUUGAUCAAAACUUUCCAUUUUGGCACGAUCAUCCUCGCUCCAGCUUUGCAGUCCAAGCGGUCAUUAAUGCCGAAAUCGGACCCAUGCCAAUCAAGGGCGAGCUUGUUACUGUAUGGGAAGAGGACAUUGUUGAAGAAGCUAGCAAGGUGUUUACAGGCGAUGCAUCCAUAGAAAUCGCCGAGCAAGGCUACAAAUACUUGAAACGAUGGCAACGACGUAAGGUGUGUGCAUUUUGCAAUGACGACGACGAUACAUCUAGUGAGCUUGGAAGCUUUAUCGGACCAUUUGUUAUUGCAACAUACAAUAAAAAUGGGGUCGAACGUAAGCGACAGUUCUGGGCUCACGAUGCAUGUGCACGCUAUUCGCCCGAGGUAUUCUGUACGCCCGAAGGCAAAUGGUAUAAUGUAACUUUGGCACUACGUCGUGGUCGAGGCAUGCGCUGCUAUAGCUGCAAAGAAAAGGGUGCAACCAUUGGCUGCUUUGAUUCUCGAUGCAACAAAAGUUUUCACUUGCCUUGUGCCCAAAAACCCGUUAGUUACUUCCGCAAUGGUGUGAUUUUCUGGUGCCCUACCCAUGAAGCGUAUUAUAACAAAAAAGAUACAUACGUAAAUAUUUUUAAAUGCGAUGGAUGUAACAGGCAAAUGGAGGAUGAAUCAUGGUUUACAUGCUUGCCAUGUGCAUCCGGUUAUUUUUCGUCGUUCGAUUUGUGUGCUGAGUGUUUUGGAAAGCUACCAGAGUAUAACCAUCCACAUGAUCAAGAUGAUUUCGAAGAAACAUCGUUUGCAAUCAUUAAGGAAAUGGAGGCGGAAAAGGCACGAGAAGCAGCACGGACCAAAGAGCUAUCAGCAGCAAAACGGAAAAAGUCUCUGUUUCCACGGAGACGACGGAAACGAGCAGGUGAUGCGCCUGUCACCACUUGUUGCUACUGUGGCACAGAAGAUGCAGAAGAGUGGCGGAAAGGUUAUGAUGGAGGUGUGAUCAUGUGUCGCCCUUGUUUUGAAGUUGCAUUACUUGUCGACAACAACGAUGGCAGUGGAAACAACAACAGUAACAACAGUAACAACAGCGAUGACCCGACCACCUUUCCCGAUGAUGAUUACGAUGCGUGUGGUGAUGGUGGCGACACAUAUGUCACAUUGAUUGAAAACUACACGCAUAAACCGUAUCUCACACGCGACGCACUUUCGUCUACCAAGUUUACUGCCACGGCAGGAAUUCGUUUAGCGACGUAUGAGCCUCAACCUCAUCAACUGUUCUCGCUUGUGUUUGAUUCGACGUACUUUGACAUUCCUGGUCGGGCACCAAGAUGGGCCUCGCAUUCAGGAACAGACUAUCAUGGAACCUGGCUACCUCAAACCGUACGCAGAGCUAUCCUGAAACACACUGACAAGGACGAGCGUGUGCUAUCCAACUUUCUGGGACGGGGAACGGAUGCGAUCGAAUGCUUUUUGCUACAGCGACGGUGCUGUGGAGUCGAUAUUAACCCAGCUGCGGUUGCAUUGUCACAGCGGAACUGUUGUUUCGAAAUACCACCCGGAUUGACGUCUGCUGAAUACCGACCGAUCGUCGCACAAGCAGAUUCGCGUCAUCUCACGGGACCGCUGUUUGCUGAUGAAUCGUUCCAUCAUGUCUUGUCUCAUCCGCCAUACAAAGACUGUGUAGCCUAUUCAACCCACUUGGAUGGUGAUCUGUCACGAUUUACCAAUAUUGAAGAAUUCAAGGAAGAAUACAUCAAAGUCGUUCAUGAGAGUUGGAGAGUAUUGAAAAUGGGACGGCGACUAACGCUUGGCAUCGGUGAUAAUCGGGAGCAUUGCUUCUACAUUCCCGUCGGUUAUCAUUUAUUACGACAAUAUAUUGACAAUGGCUUUGAAUUGGAGGAGUUGAUCAUUAAGCGUCAACGCUAUUGCUCAGCAUUUGGGCUGGGAACCUACUUGUGUGUCCAAUUCGACUUUUUAGUGUUUACCCAUGAAUUCAUCGCGACGUUUCGAAAAAUUCCGCGGGAAAAUGUGAAUCGCAUGAUAUCACUGAAAGAAAAUACUGUCGAUCAUGUGCGAGUAACAAGAACAAUGCGAGGAGUACCAUCAUCUGCUAUUGCUCGCAAAAGUGUCGUCAUGGGAACGGUGUGGGUUUUCAAACCAACGGAGCAUUAUCGUUUCGAUCGGCUUUGCAUGUCUCGCAUGGUGGAACGAUUUGGCCGCGAUGAUACCAAUUGGAUCCAAAUUGAACUGAAUUUCGUGUCGUCGUAUGAGCGAGACAAGAAUGGAAAAUCUGAUGAGGAAGGAGCCCUGCUUUCUGAAUACGAACAGCAGCGGUUAAAGCGGAUCGAAGAGAAUACUCGCACUCUCAUUCAAUUGGGAUUGAUAUCCGAACUUAGCGAAGAGUCGACAGACAUAAUGCACUACGAAACUAUGAUGAGUAAGCCACCCCAGGUUGAAAGCGCUCCACUACGACUAAUGGUCAUUGCCCAUCUACCACGCUUGUUGUCGCAUCACAUUGGAAUUUAUCGCCAAACACUAAUUAAGCUUGCUGCUGAAGCUGUUGAAAAACUGGCACCGAAGGGCAUGCUUAUUAUUGGAACACAGGAUGUGCGAUCACCCGACGGCAAGCUAUGGCCAAUGGGCAUGCUCGUGAUGGAAGAUAUCGAACGCUCCGUCGACCCUAGCACACUCAAGCUGAAGGAAAUGAUCAUCGCUGUACCAGAUGGAUAUUCUAAAAAUCGACACCGAGAGCCAAAGCCAGAAGAUCAGAAUAUUCAUUCAACAACAGAUGUCGUGGAUGUGGUUGACGAGCACUUGCAAAUUGUGCAUGCCACGUAUUUGGUGUUUCAGCGACUUUAA